GAAGUCAUUUAUUGCGGCGUCAUCGUUACCAAUUGCUACUACAGAACCGCACAAAUGUUACUAUCAUUUUCUAUUUUCGCGUUUGUUUUUCUCAGAAACGCAAAUGCCGAGAACAACUUCUAUCCACGAUACCAUUUGGCGCCUGAACAUGGCUGGAUGAAUGAUCCGAACGGCUUCUGUAUCUUCAAUAAUGAGUACCAUCUCUUCUACCAGUACAAUCCAAACAGCAGCUACGUACCUGGGAUAGCACACUGGGGCCACGCCGUGAGUAAAGAUUUGUUCCACUGGAAACAUCUGCCGAUUGCAAUGUAUCCUGAUCAAUGGUAUGACGAAGGCGGAGUAUUUUCAGGAAGUGCGUUAGUAGACAAUGGCACCAUGUACUUGUACUACACAGGUAACGUGAAUCAUCCGAACGAAACACCAAACCACAACCAAUACCAGGCACUGGCGAUGAGUACAGAUGGAAUCAACGUGGCUAAGUACGACAAUAAUCCUAUAAUAAAUGGCACCCAACUACAACCUGAUCUCAGAGACCCUAAGGUUUGGAAACAUGGUGAUAAGUAUUACAUGGUCCUCGGAAACUCUUUCAACGAUGGUAAGUUGGGAAGAGCUCUGUUGUAUACCUCGCCUGAUAAAAUAAACUGGGAAAAGGCAUCAGUUCUGGCUGAAUCUGAUGGUUUUCUUGGUUAUAUGUUUGAAUGUCCUGACUUUUUUGAGAUCGAUGGAUAUUUUGUGCUACUUUUUUCACCACAGGGUAUCAAGCCAAGAGGAGAUAAAUAUAGAAACUUGUACCAAACGGGUUAUCUCAUUGGUACAUUCGACUAUGAAACUAAUAAUUUCACAGUUCUCUCCAAGUUUCAAGAGUUUGAUCAUGGACAUGAUUUAUAUGCGACACAGAGCGAAGUUGAUGAAAAUGGAAAUAGAAUUGUGAUUGCCUGGUUUGACAUGUGGGAUCAAAAUUAUCCAGAAAAUGCUCAGGGAUUUACUGGCCAAAUGACAAUACCGAGAGUUAUAAGUGUAACUAAUGAUUUGAGAUUGAAACAAACACCAGUGCAGAGUAUAUCUUUAGCUAGAGGGCGUAAUACAUAUUCGGGUAGAACUAAAGGUGGAGCAGUUGUUGUUUUAGAGGAUAACGUAGGUGAGGUCGUGGUUAAAGCACCUAGAUACAGGGAUUUUGCACUUUUCAUAGAAUCCGACUCCGGUUCGGUUAAAUUGAGUUAUGAUUUCAAAAAAGGACGCGUUACUCUAGACCGCGGCGGUAAUGAUGGUGUUAGAAGAACAUCUUGGAGGCCACAGGAUAAGCUUCUAUGGAAAAUUUACAUUGAUUCAAGCUCCAUUGAAUUGUUCUGCGGAGAAGGUGAGGUUACUUUUUCAAGCAGAUUUUUCCCGACUGGCUCAGUGAGGUUACGUCUAGCUCCUCACAGUGACGCAGAAGAAAUGAUCGUUAACGGGAUGAAACAUACUGUUGAUAUUACCAGCGCCAACGAAGCAACGGGUUGAUAUUGACUGUCGUACAAUUUUGUAAAUUAAUAUUAUCAUACAGUCAGUUUUACCUUAUUAUAUUUUAAUAGCAGUUCACAAAACUAUAUAGUUUCAUUCUUAUGCUAUUUAUAUAUAAAUAAUAUACAUGCAGUAGAAGUUA